UGUGCCAUGCAAGCUCAGUGAACUAAAUUUUCCAUGCUAUCAUAAUGAGUUUCACCAGACAUGGCCAGGCAAGCCCCGCGACUUGAAAGUGGAGAAGAUUUUUCUAAACAGCAGUAUGGUACAACUCAACUUUACAUGGAGUCCACCUUACGAUGCCUCCAUCCACUCCCUGCAGGGUUUCAUCCUGAUGCUGAACAUGAUUGCUGACCAUCCCCACAUCCACCUACCGCCCUCUGUGCCCCGCUGUUUCUAUGGUAACCUGUCCAGCACCAACUGGAGUGCGGUGCCAGAUAAACAUGCGGUUGUGUUCCACUUUGAUUGCCUCCGGUCCAGUAAUUUGGUGGAAGCCAACCUUCUGGUGACAAGUGCCCCUAUGCCAAACAUUGACCCAGAGGGCGCCAGCAUUAAAGUCCAAAUAGAUCCGUUUAUCACACCUGCUUCCCCCAAUAUGACAGUAGGUUACUGGACACAUGGUGACGUGGUGCGCGCCUGGUUCAAGCCUGCGCUGAGCAACAAUUUAUACAGGAUGUGCCUCAUUGCCAGCCAGGACCAACUCCAGUGCUAUGAUAAGAAAUUUGUCAAGAAUUCAAAUGAGACAGUGUUCACAAAUGUUAAAGCUGGGAGAUACUAUGUGUGGGUUUCUAAUGAAAGAGACAACACUUUCUACAGCACCAAAGAGUUUAAUGUAACAGGGCCAGAGGUAGAGGCCCUGCCUCUUUCACACAAGACGAUCAUCAUGAUGGGCACAGUGGGCUGCCUUGGAGUGAUCAUCAUCAUCACCGUCACCACAUACGUCAUUAAAAGAAGAAUGGGUCUGCACAUUCCAUGUUGUGGAAAUUGGCUGUCAUGUUCCAAGUACCAUUACCAGGCCCCGUCUCUGCACCCUAACAACACCGUGGAAACUGAGCUUGAGACAGGUCCUGCUCCUCUGAAGGUCAUGCCGGUGACACUGCCAUACUGUGAGAAAUACCAAGUUGCCGUUGAUGCUGUGAUGAAAUACCUUGAAGAAUGGGCAAACAUCGAAAUACAACACAUGUCCUUUGAUGAAAUCCUCAAUAAUUGUGAUAGCCUUCCCACGUCUACAGUCUUUGCCAUAUUUUAUUCCCCACAGAUGGAGCAAGUUCUCAAUUCUAGUGUUAUCACACCACCACAUUGCAAGCCAUUCUUCUCUGCAGAUAUGUUGAAUUCCAUUCAUGCACUGUUCAGUAAAAUUAAUCAGAAAGAGUAUUCUAAAAUUAUGAUUACUUUUGAGGAUUUAUAUUAUCAGGAUAGUUUCUCUCUAUUUAAAGAUACUCAGAUAAUUCAGCUUUCUAGCGACGAGUCGUUUUCCACAAAUCUUGGAAACUUGUUACGUCUUUUAGCCAGCGCAGAUUUACCACAAGGCUGGUUUACCAACCCUAUGGUUUCUGAUCUAACAAAAAAGAUCAACAUCUACAGGUCAAUGUGUGUGUUUGGUCAUGCAGAAACAAACAAUCAUGUCGGACACUGUCAGACUCACAGUCCUCUUAUCCAUGCUGGUCAGCGAUAUGACAUUGAGAAUAAGUUGAAGAUGAUUGACAACAGAGUAUUGAAUACUCACAGUACCAUUCAAACAAGGCUUGGUUCACAUUCUGCGGCAGAGAAGUGGGUGGAGGAGCAGAAUUAUUUACAAUUUGAAGUAUUAGUGGAAAGUGUGAGCGAGUGCGGGGACCCCUGGGAGUCACCACAUGAAUCUGACAACGAGAGUGAAACGAUGACAUCACUGUGCCGUCGCACAGACCAGAUAAACCAGAACUAUGACCGCUGUUGAACAGAAUGAGUCAAACUAUUGAAUUUAUUGAACCAUGAUGGAUGUUGAACCGAAUGAGUUGCCAAUUUUAAUUUAGUGACCCAGGACAGCUGUUGAACAGAAUUAUUAACCAUUUAGAAGUUUACUGGAGAGACCAGUGGAUCAAUGGAUAUUAUUGUAGUAUAGUCUAAAUACAAGUAGGUCUGUUGGUCUGUCCUUUGGUCUUUCCAUCCAAAUAAUUCAAUGGAAAGAAUGCUGUUUCAAUGGAUAGAUCACCAAUCUAUUUAAGAUGUGAUUAUAUUUCAAUUUAGAUAUAACUCUAAUUGAAUGGAAUGAUUUUUAGAUAGAUGGAGAGGUCACUUCACUUAUUCAAUCAAGAUGACACUAAUUAAAUAUAAUAUCAUAAAUUACGAUUUCCCAAAGCUGCUACUUGCCUUGAGGUCUGGUAAUUUAAUGACUUUCAUGUUUUAAUUAAAAAAAAUAUGAAGAGUAUUUUUGGACUAUCAAACUCUGCAAAGUUUGCAUGGUGUCUCAAAUAAUUAGACAUGCAGAAAGAUUUUAGAUAACCUGUUUAACUAUGAGAUCACUUAGAUUUAUAAUUAUUGCUUUUUGCCAUUCCAAAAUUAAAGUGUCUUUAAAGUGGGCAAGGCUUUAUAUAAAUUAUGAAAAGGUCUAUCAUUGUCCUGUUCAAAGGAAUGGUAAAGUAAAAAGAAAAUUAAUGCAUUAAUUAAUUUGUUAUCAAAUUUUAUUUGAACUAUUAUUUUGAAUGUUAUUUAUGCCAUAAAACUUUGAUUUGUAAAGAUGUUCAUUUGACUGUUUUAGAUGUGAUAAAGGCAUAUUAUAGUAAAUAUGUGACAUGUUAUGGGACGAUUAUGUAAAAGAUGCCAAAUCUUGCUGUUUUUCAGUGCAAUAUUGUUUUCGUAAACAGCACGCAAUGUUUUAAUCAUUUUAGAUUUAUAUGUGUAUGGUAUGUAUGGACAGUGAUUUUUUGGCUCAUAAUUACAGCCUCUUACAGGCUGUUUCCCAAUUGUGCAGAAAGUACAAAAAGGCUGUAUAAUGGCAAAAAGUAACUAAUUUUCCCUAAAAAAUAGGCCAAACUUUUCCAAUUAACUCAUAAUUUGUUUAUUGAGUUUAUUAUGCAGCAAUUUAAUUCCCUAGCACUUUAUAAUAUAAAGUUAAGAAAGCAGUUAAACAUGCACUUUAAGACAAUUGGUAUAAUGUUAUUUGUAAUCAUGUUAAUAAUGUUUAAUUUUUCUUACCUUCAGGCUUGUAUUCCCAUUAAAAAACACCAGCUUUAAACAUAAAGCAAAGAAAAAUCACUGAUGGAGAAUUUCCAUUGAAGUAAAAUCAAAUGAAUACAUUUAAUCCUACGAAUUAAAUAAAUACGGAAUAUUACGCUAGUCAAUUGUUCCAAGAGUUUAUAUCACUUGAGUGGCUUGUGUGAUGACGUAUCACACGAGAGGCGGAGCCUCGAGUGUGAUGCGAAAUAGCACAAGCCAGGAGAGUGAUACAAACUCUUGGAACAAUUGACUAGCGUAAUAUUCCUUUUAUUAUAUACAACAACUAACGAAAACAGUUAACAAAUGUUUUUUUUACUUUAACAAAACUGACAAAACAAUGACUAAAACGGUACGCCAUAGUUUUUUUCAGACGCGUAUGAAUACAGUUUGUGUAAAUUAACAUGUAAACAUUUGAACCGGGAAAACACAGGUUUCCGACACGCUUACCUGAAUGCCACCAUUAAUCCAAAUUUUAUAACAAUUUAGUCUACAACUUUAGUCCGAUGUUUAUAACAAAAACGUUUAAACGAUAUGCACUUCCACUUCUAUCUUCCAUGUCUUUAUCAAAACUUAGUUUAAACCACUCUAUUUUAUUGUAUUCCUAUCAAAAUAUACAUUUAUGCAUGAUAAACACACACUCAAAAAUACGUUUUUAACAAAUAGUUUACUGUUUAAAAACACCACGUCCGACAUGUCCUUAAAUUCCAGAGAGUUUAGAUAAAACUAUUGUGUUUCGUCACAGAAAUGACGUCACACGAUGUACUACGUAAUAUAUUUCGUAAUAUAAAAUAUUUCUAUUUUCGGUGUGUGUAAUGUGACGUCAUUAAAUGGGUCGAAGUAGUCCGGCUACAACCUGUAUUUUGUUUAAAGCAUUUAACAGGUAUAUAAUAACAUGCUUUAUAUUAAAAGGCCCAUUUCAUAUUUAAUGUUUAAUUCUCAACAUAAUUUUAUCAGAGAGAUAUUAAGAUAUUGCGUACUAGAGAUUGUUAGGUAUGAGGCUUUUUCAUAUCACAUCUUAGAGAUAUGAAAUUUUGAUGUAUGAUAUGUUACAAAUAAUAAUAUAAAAGGAGUAAGAGAUUUUAAGAUAUGAUGUGUUAGAGAUAAACAGAUAUGAGAUGUUAGUUAUAAUUGUAUAUGCUGUUUUAAAGUUAUGAAGAUAUUGGGUGUUCGAGAUACAAUAUAUGAGUUAUAAGAGAUAAUCAGAUAUGAAGUGUUAAAAGAUUUUGAGAUACAGUUUGUAUGAUGUGUUACAGAUAAUAAAAUAAGAGGUUUUAGAGAUUGUAAGAUAUGAGGUGUUAGAUAUAAUUAGAUAUGAAAUGUUUUGAAAUGUUAAUUAUGUAUUAAGAUAUUAAGAUAUAAGUUGUUUGAGAUAUUAAGGUAUGAGGUGAAAAUAUAUUUUUAUAUAAUAACAUGUAAAAUAUAUUAAGAUACACUGUGUGCUGUGGGAAAACUAUGGCUGGUAUUAGCCAACCAGUUAAUAAACCUUAGUUGAAAAAGAAGAAUAUUCUGAAAACUGUAAUGUUCUAAUAAUAUAAUACACUUUAAUAUGACCUAAAGCAUCACAAUAAUUCUUUAAGAACAGCUUAUUUAUGACAUCAGAAACAGUUGUUGCUUCAAACCCUGACCAUAUUUUCUCGGUUCUGAGUCUGUUCUUAAAGGGGCCUUUUCACAGAUUUUGGCAUUUUUUAACUUAUUCAUUAAAUGCUUUAUAUUGAUAAAUGUAAACAUUGGAUCGUAAAAGCACCAGUAAAAAAUCAAGAAUAAAAUUAAAAAAAGGAAAAGAACAUUGCCCGGAGCAGGUUUCGAACCAGUGACCCCUGGAGUCCUGCCAGAGUCCUGAAGUAAAAACGCUUUAGCCUACUGAGCUAUUCCGCCGAGUACGCAUUCUUGACGUAUGUUAUACCUUAUAUAAGCAAUCUUCGUAGUUUCACAAAAUUUAACGACAAAAACAGAACUCUCCAAAUUAUUCAAUAGUUUCGCGUUGCAACGCUUUAUAAUUUUUAGGUUUUAAAAUCGUCAAAAGAUGCAUAUAAUGGCUAUAUUAGAGCAUGGUAAAUGUUCAGUAUUACUGUUUCCUCACAAAUAUCAAAACUAAAACGAAAAUUUGCGGAUCUGAAACAACUUUUUUCAAUUGUGUCAAUUUACCAAAGCGUGAAAAGAUCCCUUUAAGUCUAGAAUGGGUUGGUGGUUUAAUUGAUAUAAAGAUCAAAGGUUAAGCUGUUGUAGCAGAAUUCCUUGUACAUGUCAGAUUCACACUCAAUUAUUAAUGUGCAUGAAAUGGUCAUCCCUGAUCAGCGUCUGCAGUCUACACAGGCUGAUCAACUAGACGGUUUAUGAAUGUAAGAGACUUGCUUGAAACAUGCAAUACCAGAAAUGUACAUAUUAUUGUCCCACAUUAACCUGUGCUCAAUGCUGUGCAAAUUAAGUACUACACAGUAUUGAGUAUGGGUUUCAAACAGCACACCAUGUAUAACCCUUUGCAUGCUGGGAAAUUUGUCGUCUGCUAAAAUGUUGUCUGCUGAAUUUCUAAAAUUAGCAUUUUCUUCGAUGUUUUUUCAAAGAAUACUUUCAGAAUAGCAAACAGUUUGGAUCCUGAUGAGACGCCGUGUUCUGUGGCGUCUCAUCUGGAUCCAAACUGUUUACAAAGGCUUUCAAAGUUCGGUUCCAGCACUGAAAGAGUUAAAUUGUAUUUUAAUGAAACUGAGAUUGUGGCAGUGUAUAACUGCAUAAUUGUGCCAAUCAGUGAAAGCAUAAAGUUGUUAUAUAUUUGUUGUUUUAAUUUGAAUUUUGUUGUUUUUAUUAGAAUUUUACCAAUGUGCCGUGAAUUUAUUGUGCUCAUGUAUGUUGAAUGCUCAUUUUGUAUUAUUGCCUUUAGCUGAUUACUGAGAGAGAUUAACAACAAAAUAUUUUAAUUCAAACUGUUGUUGAAGUAAACCUUGAAAGUCUCAAUAUCACUGAUUGUUUCUACAAGUAUUUAAUUGAAAUUGUACAGAUAUGGUAAGGGGUUAUUGUGUGAGGUCACCAACCAGUUUCCAUAACUCUCACCUGCUAUUUAUGCCCCUUUUUGUACUAAGAAAAUGGGUAAGGUUAACAUAGAAUAUAUCCAGACCACCUUUUUUAGCUCACCUGAUUGCUCAGGUGAGCUUUUCUGACCGGUCUUUGUCCGUCAUACGUCGUUAACAUUUGCUUGUAAACUCUCUAGAGGCCACAUUUCUUGUCCCAUCUUCAGGAAACUUGGUCAGAAGCUUUGCCCCCAUAAAAUCUCGGCCAAGUUCGAAACUUGUGUGCCAGGUCAAAAACUAUGUCACUAGGUCAAAAAAAGUAAAACCUUGUAAACACUGUAGAAAUCACAUUUUAUGUUCAAUCUUCAUGUAACUUUGUCAAAAUGUUUGUCUUAAUGAUAUCUUGAUUGAGUUCAAAAGUGGUUUCGGUCUGUUGAGAAACAUGGCCGCCAGUGGGCAGGGCAGUUUUCCUUAUUUGGCUAUAGAGAAACCUUGUAAACACUCUAGAAGUCACAAUUUUUGCCCAAUCAUCAUGAAAGUUGGUCAAAUCAUUGGUUUAAUUGAUAUCUCGGACGAGUUCGAAAAUGGUCCAUAUCGGUGAAAAAACAUGGCCGCCAGUGGGCGGGGCAUUUUUUCCAUACGUAUAUAGUGGCAGUUUUCCGUAUUUGGCUAUAGAAAAACCUUGUAAACACUCUAGAAGUCACAAUUUUUGACCAAUCAUCAUGAAAGUUGGUCAAAACAUUGGUUUUAUUGAUAUCUCGGACGAGUUUGAAAAUGGUCCAGAUCCGUGAAAAAACAUGGCCACCAGUGGGCGGGGCAUUUUUCUUUAUAUGUAUAUAGUGGCAGUUUUCCCUAUUUGGCUAUAGAGAGACCUUGUAAACACUCUAGAAGUCACGAUUUUUGCCCAAUCAUCAUGAAAGUUGGUCAAAUCAUUGGUUUAAUUGAUAUCUCGGACGAGUUCGAAAAUGGUCCAGAUCAGUGAAAAAACAUUGCCGCCAGUGGGCAGGGCAUUUUUUCCAUAUGUAUAAGUGGCAGUUUUCCCUAUUUGGCUAUAGAGAAACCUUGUAAACACUCUAGAAGUCACAAUUUUUGCCCAAUCAUCAUGAAAGUUGGUCAAAACAUUGGUUUUAUUGAUAUCUUGGACGAGUUAGACAAUGGUUCGUAUCUGUGAAAAAACAUGGCCGCCAGUGGGCAGGGCAUUUUUCUCUACAUGUAUAUAGUGAAAACGUUAACACUCUAGAAGUCACUGUCACAUUUUUGGCCCAAUUUUCAUGAAAUUUGGUCAGAACAUUUGUUUCUUUGAUACAAGAGUUGAGUUCAAAAAUGGUUUCAGUCAAACCUUGUGAUCGAACACUAUGGAAGUCACAUUUUUAUGCCCCCCUUCGAAGAAGAGGAGGUAUAUUGUUUUGCUCAUGUCGGUCCGUAUGUCUGUCCACCAGAUGGUUACCGAAUGAUAAGUCAAGAACGCUUAGGCCUAGGAUCAUGAAGUUUCAUAGGUACAUUGAUCAUGACUCACAGAUGACCCCUAUUGAUUUUGAGGUCACUAGGUCUAAGGUCAAGGUCACGCUGACCCGAAAUAGUAAAAUGGUUUCCAGAUGAUAACUCAAGAACGCUUAUGCCUAGGAUCAUGAAACUUCAUAGGUACAUUGAUCAUGACUUGCAGAUGACGGCUCUUGAUUUUUAGGUCACUAGAUCAAAGGUCAAGGUCACGGUGACCCAAAAUAGUAAAAUGGUUUCUGGAUGAUAACUCAAGAAUGCUUAUGCCUAGGAUCAUGAAACUUCAUAGGUAAAUUGAUUGUGACUCACAGAUAACCCCUAUUGAUUUUCAGGUCACUAGGUCAAAGAUCAAGGUCAUGGUGACCCAAAACAAUAAAAUGGUUUUCGGAUGAAAGCUCAAGAACGCUUAUGCCAAAGAUCAUGAAAGUUCAUAGGUACAUUGAUCAUUACUUGCAGAUGACCCCAAAAUUGAUUUUCAGGUCACUAGGUCAAAGGUCAAGGUAAAGGUGACCCAAAAAAAUAAAAUGGUUUCUGGAUGAUAAUUCAAGAACGCUUAUGCUUAGGAUCAUGAAACUUCAUAGGUACAUUGAUCAUGACUUGCAGAUGACCCCUAUUGAUUUUCAGGUCACUCUGUCAAAGGUCAAGGUCAUAGUGACUCAACUUAGAAAAAUGGUUUCCGGAUGAUAACUCAAGAACGCUUACGCCUAGGAUCAUGAAACUUCAUAGGUACAUUGAGAUGACCCAAAACCUGAUUUUCAGGUCACUAGGUAAAAGAUCAAGGUCACGGUGUUUCAACUUAGAAAAAUGGUUUCCAGAUGAUAACUCAAGAAGGCCUAUGCCUAGGAUCAUGAAACUUCAUAGGUACAUUGAUCAUGACUUGCAGAUGACCCUUAUUGACUUUCAGGUCACUAUGUUAAGGUCACGGUUACUUGACAGAGUAAAAUGGUUUUUGGAUGAUAACUCAAGAAAGCUUACGCCUAGGAUCAUGAAAUAAUAUAAUGGUCAAGUUGAUAGAAUUUUCUUAUUUAAUCAAUCAAAAAUGGAAUUUAUCGUGUAGAUGUUUUGAACAUCUUAUAACUUUGUUAUCCAUCUGACAUGUGUGCAUUAUAAUCAUUGCAUCUUUUUUUAAGAUGUUUGUGGUUUAAAUUUUGUUUUUGUUUUGGUAAUUAAACAUAAAGCACUUAAUUGACAAUUUCAAGACAGACUAACAGUGAGCUGACCUUGAAACAAUGCAAGAUGGAAUGUAAUUCAUUUGUUUGUUUCGUAAUUUAAAAUCUUAACUAUGAAAACUCUAUACAAUUAUUAUUGUGUUAUCAGACUAGGACACUGCAGUUCAUAUGUGCUUUAAAAUCUACAAGUACACACGAACAAACACACACAACUCAAUCUGAUAUCAACCCAUUGAUGCCUAACAUAUGCGAGCGAGGAAGGAAUGAGUCAUGUUAAAGGAUACACACAAUCAUUGUUUAUGAAGUUAAUGUAUGGGAUCAGGAAUAACAUUUUGCUGUAAUUUGUUGGUGUGUGAGCUCUGGUCAACAGGCUAUGUUUAAAGAAGACAUUAACAAUGGAUAUAUGCUACUGCUGAUAAAGGGUUCUAAAAUAUACAGCUACAUGUACCAAAUUUAGGUUUGGAAUGUAAAUUGCUAACUGUUGGCUACAUUGAUCAUGACUCACAAAUGACCCCUAUGGAUCUUCUUGUCACUAGGUCAAAGGUGACAGUCACAGUGAUUCAAAAUACUAAAAUUGGUUUUCAUGUGAUAACUCAAAAACACUUUCACCUAGGAUAAAGACUUCAUAGGUACAUUGAUCAUGAUUAUAAAAAUACCCUUUUUGAAUUUCAAAUCACUACAUCAAAGAUCAACAUCACAGUGACUCAAAGCAUUAUAAUUGUUUCUUGAUAUUUACUGACAAUGCUUACGCCUAGAUUCAUGAUCUUCAUAGUUACAUUGAUCAUGACUGGCAGAUGACCAACAUAAUGUUCAAGUCACUAGGUCAAGCGUCUUAAUAACAAUGACUCAACACUGUAAAAUGGUGUCCAGAUGACAACUCAAGAAACCAAGGUCAAAAGUCAAAGUCACAAUGACUAAUAUAUUCAUAUUCACACAAUGGCUGCCAUUACAACUGACAGCCCAUAUGCAGGCAUGCAUGUUUUACAAACAGCCCAAUACAUUUGGUAAAAAUUCAAUGAACACACUCUUCUCAGGUGAGCGAACUAGGGCCAUCUUGGCCCUCUUGUCUACUAUAAGGAAUGAAUUGGGGUCGAGUUCACAGUUACUAAAUAUGAAAUUGAGUUCCAGCUCAAUAACUUAAGUAUGGAUAUCCCAUCUCAUCUUUGCCUGUGGUCCUGUCUUUUAACAGCUUUCUCCAAGUGUCGCAAUUCUGGGUGAGUCUCUCCACCAGUCACCAUGUCUUGCCUAUCUGCUUGGCAUAUGCAUCCAGGACUUGAUGCCAUAUGUUUCUAGGCAGCCCUGUUUUCUUCUUCCCUUGGAGGUUCCAGGUGAGAGAUGGCCUUGUCAUAUAGGAUGCAGGCUUAUGAAGGAUGUGGCCAUUCCACUGCCAACAUCUAUAGAAUGGGCCUCACCAUCAACAGAGGGAAGAGCGUGGUGUUGAAAACCAAUGCAUCCAACGUCUUCCUGCACGGUCCAAAAUUAGGCACUGAAAGAGGUGGAAACUUCACCUAUCUUGGCAGAACCUGCAUAAAUAAAGCAUGAGCAGCCUUCCAUCAGCUUAAGAUCAUCUGGGGAUCCAGCAAGAUAGGCACCAUUACCAAGAUCAGACUCAUUAUUACAAUUGUGAGGCCAGUACUACUCUAUUGAGCAGAGACCUAGAUAACUAAUGUCACCACCAUGACAAAAUCCAGGUGGUCAUCAAAACCUUCCUUUAGAAGAUCCUCCAGAUCUGCUUGUAGGCAGUUUUCCGGUGAGAUCAGGUCUAUCUCAUUGCUUCUGCUCAGGUGAGUACAUUGGACCUUCAUGGCCCUGUGGUUAGUAGUUCUGAAUUCAUAGGUACUUGGAGUAAGCACAAUUCAGCUGAACUUUGACAUAUUUGUGGCCUUAAACAAUAAUACAACAUACAUGUGUACUGGUAUUGCUUCGUUGGCAGUGUAUGACAAUCAUUUAUUGUUAUUUUCAUGCCCCCGGUAGGGUGGCAUAUAGCAGUUGAACUGUCCGUCACUCAGUCAGUAUGUCAGUCUGUCCGUCCGUCCGAAAACUUUAAUGGUCAUAACUUUUUCAAUAUUUAACAUAGCAACUUGAUAUUUGGCAUGCAUGUGUAUCUCAUGGAGCUGAACAUUUUGAGUGGUGAAAGGUCAAGGUCAAGGUCAUCCUUCAAGGUCAAAGGUCAAAUUUUGCAAUAUUGAAGAUAGCAGCUCAAUAUUUGGCAUUCAUGCAUAUCUCAUGGAGCUGCACAUUUUGAGUGGUGAAAGGUCAAAGGUCAAAUUUUGCAAUAUUGAAGAUAGCAACUCGAUAUUUGGCAUACAUGCUUAUCUCGUGGUGCUGCACAUUUUGAAGGGUGAAAUGUCAUGGUCAAGGUCAUCCUUCAAGGUCAAAGGUCAAAUAUAUGGCUUCAAAGCGGCGCUGUAGGGGCAUUGUGUUUCACGAACACAGCUCUUGUUAUAUAUUCAAAGGAAAAUACAUCAUCAUUGUAUUAGCUAGCAUAUGUUAGACCACUGCAGAUUUUUAUCCAAUAUUUACUUUGCAUUUUAACGAUUUAGAGUUCAUAAUGCCACAUUUUAAUUCCAUCCAUGUAACCACUUUAGAAGACGUAGUAGUGCGUAAUUUUGAAAAGUACAAUGAUGUAAAUGUCAUUAGUAGGGAAUAGCAUUUAAUUCAUGAUAAUUUUUAUAUUCAACAUCUACAUUAUAUGUGAGUAAAUUAUGGUUGUAUGUUGUAAAACAUUAAUUGGAUAUUGGUCCACUUUGAUUAGCAUAUUAUUAUAUGUUCAAUUAGGUUAAGACACCUUAACACCUUUGUAUACAAUUUUGGUUGAAUUAUGAAAACACAACUUUUAGAAUAAAAUGUCAUUUUGGUAAUUUAUAAAAUUACCAGUAUAUAAUGUAAAUGUUACAGUUAAGAAAAGUUAUAAUAUGAUUUUAAUUUUUAAUAAAUGAAUUAAUAACAAAUUCUCUAUUAAUGGUGUGAAUUUAGUUUCUUUACCUAAAAAAUGUAAUUCAAUUUAUGUUAUUGGAAACCAUAACAUAAAAAUCAUUCAUUCACAUUUGACCAAACCAAUUAAAAAGUUUAAAUAUUUAAUUAUAUACAACAAUUAAUGCACAUACAAUAUUUAUAAAUUAAGUCUUGAAGUUUUGUGUUAAUUUGUUGCAGCUUUUUUCCAUAAGUAUUGUCUAAUUUGUUUUUGCUUUGAUAACGUGCCAUAAUUAUUGUGUAAUGUCCAGUGACGAGUAUGUGAUAGUUAUGUAAUGGCUGUUGUAAAUAUUUAAUAUAGAUUCUGAUAAGAAAGAUAAUUAACCUUUAUUUUGUAUUAUAAGAUAAUAAAUUGGAAAUUCCUAAUAUUCCUAUGUUGUUUUUUAAACAUUAAAUUGAUGUUAAUUUAAAAAUAUAUUUGUCUGAAAUUGUUGUUGUUUGAAUAAGAAAAGGUAUAUUUUUACAGUUUGGUUAAAAAAAUAUGUGCUGAAAUUAAAAUAAAAGAAGUCGAUCUUUGAUAAGAGUGUAUACGUAUUAUGCACACAAUGGUAGUUAGAGCUUUAAUAUCAUCCAAAACUAUUUUACAUUUGUAACAUAUUACACCAUAUGGCAUGGGGGGGGAUACAACUCUUUUGAUAAGGGUUUCAACUCCUCUAAAUUUAUGAUACAAAUUUAAUUUUUAAAUUUUAUUCCAGUGGUUCUAUCUACAAAUUUAGUAAUAAUAUUGCAUGCAAGUUAUUCAUUAUUGUGAUCCUGGCCAAAAAAAGAACGGUAAUUUAAAUAGAAACCUUGAUUACGUAAGCAUAUUUUUCUAUGUCAUAUUGUAAAUACAAAGAAUAUCAUAUACUGUCAGUUUUAUGUGAAAGUUGUAUUACAGUUCCAAGAAUAAAAUCCAUACUCUAA